GCUAAUUGCAAUUAGACGAAUAAACAAAGAAUUGUGGUUAUGUUCUUAGAAAAUAUUCAUGAAUUAGUAGUAUUGCAGUCAAUAGAACAGUGAACUUGGUAGAAAUAUAUAUGAUGGAGUCUUCAUUGGAGAUUAGAAAGCUACCUCCGAGUGCUUUGGGAGAACUGGUGAAGAUCCUUGAGUACAAUGAGUCUUGGAAGAGGUUGAUGGCCAUUGUUCCUAAACAUCUGGAGAAAAAUAACUAUGAUUGUUUAAUUGAUAGAUUCAAUCCAAAAUACAACUCUGAACAUUUCCGAUUAAUUGAGAAUGCAUCAAUUUCCUUGCAUAGAGCCUGCACUGAGAUCUUAUUGGAUGAGUGGGGCACCUCUGAUCGGGUGCUCCCUGCUCUUGGACAUUUGCUAAAUCUUUUGAAGAAAGCUGAACUGUACAGAGCUGCAGAUUUUGUGGCUGUUAAUUUGAUGGGGUUGGAAACGCCAGAAAGACCUAAAGAAGGUCCAGCAGCUCUGAUAUCCACAACAUUACCACCAGAGAGUCAAGAAAUUGAAUCAAUUUUAGAUAAUAUCAAUGUAAACUCCUCAGACAUAGAGAAUUUGAACAGUGAGGUGAAUAGCAAUUCAGAUAACAAUAACAUGGUGGUGCCUACUAUAACCAUAACGCAAAAUUCCUCUGGGUCUGCAAAUAUACCGGUAGUUGUUAAUAACAGAGAGAGGGAGGUUUCGGAUAUGAUGAAGUUUUCGUCCAGCGAAAUAAUAAGCAAUGGUGACUCCAGUUUUCAAGUGCCUUUGGUUAUUAACAACACCGAGAGCGUAGUUUCCAAUACUAUUCCAGUUGAUGACAACAAUCUACCUGAUCUGAGCGUAUUGAACGCCGGUGAUGAUUUUGAAUUACCAGCUUUGACCGCUUUGAACUUGAACAGUGAUGUAGCGAGUAGCAAUUUACCGGAUUUCACUGGACUGAUCUCUAAACCGGAAAUUUCGCUGCAGAACUCCGUACCAAUCAUUCCUCACAUCUCCCAACUUUUAGUGGAAGACAACAACAUUCCAAGUUCACUCAGCAACUCCGACGAGAUACCUCUGCUGAACAUCUUAAUGCACAGCACAGUUACGGAAGCUCAAAGCUCCAAACCCACUUGCUCUUCGCCUCUGCCAAAUCUUUCUCUGAACACGCUUCUACCGCACUUCACUUAUGCAGAGCUCGAAGCGGCAACGCAAAACUUCAAUGAAACGCCACACGAGAACUCUUGCGAUAUGGAGAAGACCUUGGACGAAUCGAACGGCAGGUUUUUGGGUUGCGGGGCUUUCGGUUCCGUCUUUCUGGCGCUCGGGUUGCUGGGUAAACCUAUAGCAGUGAAGAAGCUCUACUUGGAUGAGGUCGAGGAAGUUAACGUCGACGAUACUAUAACGAAGCAGUUUAGGAACGAGGUGGAGGUUUUAAGUAAAUACAAGCACGACAACCUUUUAUCAAUUUGUGGCUACAGCUGCGAUGGUCCUACCUACUGCUUGAUGUACGAUUACAUAAGCGGAGGUGCUCUCAAUUACAGGCUAGAAAAAAAUAGCGAACAUUUGGAGUGGAAGGAUCGCCUGGCAAUAGCUUCUGGUACUGCGGAUGCGGUCUCCUACUUGCAUACAGCCUUCAACACUCCCUUGAUUCAUCGAGAUAUUAAGACUGCCAACAUACUCUUGGAUUGCGCCAACAAACCCAAAUUAGGAGAUUUUGGUAUCAUAAAACUAUUGGCGAAUCAAAAUACAACCAUAGCUACAACAACAAUUGGUACUACAGUCUACAUGGCUCCAGAGGCGCACAGAUCUGGAGACGUUUCAGUCAAAACUGAUAGUUUCAGUUUUGGAGUUGUUAUUUUGGAGCUUCUAACGUCUCUGCCACCUUUAGAUGAUGCGCGUGAUUCCAGAGAUUUGAUUUCUCACGUGGAUGAAAUGUGCGAGGAUGAAUCCAUUCUGCCGUUGUUGGAUUUGCAAGCAGGAAGCUGGAUGGAAAAUGAGAUGCAUAUUGGAGAGAAACUGUACAGGAUUGCUACGUGCUGUUUGGAUGAGAAACGCCGAAGACCCAAUAUGGUCGAGGUCACAUAUAUGAUUAAGAAUAUUUAUGAUUAUUGAGGCUGCAGUGAAUUGCUAUCAUAAUCAACAUAUUUAUAUGCUUUCGAAUGUAUGAACACAAGUCGAUGAAUCUAAGCAUUUAUUGUUAUUUAAUGAAACUUAU